AUGCAACGAGAUCACUCGGAGACUGAACAGCUCAAGUCAAAAGUGGCUCUUCAAAAGAUGGCAAGGCCGAUGCCAACCGAUGACUUUGUUAGCGAUAUGGAUCGGCGAAAACGAGUGCGGGAGAUUUUACUACAUAUUUUGUCAAAGCUCAAAGUCAAGGACCCGACCAAUUUCCUUCAUCAGAAACCAUGUUCUCUUCUUUAUCCAAACUACCCUUUCAAUGCCCACUAUGACAUGACAAAUGUAGCGGAUAAAGUGAAUAAAAUGUGCUUUUUCAAUAUUCAUCAGUUUCGUCAGGCAGUUUCCAAGGUCUGCAAGUGUCAGACAGACUUCUUUCCAUCAAACACGAUUCGUCACAAGUUUGCGCUGAAAUUCGACCAGUUUGCCUACAAGAUCACAGCUUAUCGAAAUCUUCUUGACUAUUGCGAGGAAAUAGGAAUCGACGAAGAACUCCCCAAACGCCAGCUUCGCGAUAUUCUCGUCGGUAACCAGAUCGAUACGGAGCUUCCAAUCUCGCCGAAAGAUGAACAAGAGGAUGAAUAUUUCUCCUCUCAAAUGUCCAUGGCGAUUGAGCAAAACGUUGGGUCUCCACUUGCGCCUGGCGAAACAAGACUCAACAUUCUACAAGCAGAUGCUCAACCUACUGUAUAUAACAUGGAUGGGCGACCAAUGACACUUGCUGAUAUAACAGGCCGCGUUCAUGGUGCUGCAGAAUUUUCAAAGAAAACACGAACGAUUGAAGACCGAGCCUUCUUGAAAAGUUACAUGAGUUACGGACCGUACUCUUCAUUUGCACCGGUCUUCGACUCCCGAAAUGCAACACUAGACAAGAAAAUGACGGAUAUGAUGAUAGGCACACGAAAAGACCCAUUUCGAGAAGACCUCGAAAAGAUCGCUAAUGCUGAUGAAUUCACGAUCACUGACUAUCUAGCAAAGUCAAGUUUGGGCAAUGAAAACGCGGAGAAAGAACUGCUUGAUGAAUUGACUUAUCACGAGCCAAAGGCGGAUCAGCUUGAAACCCUCAAGGACCUUGGCAUCGACAUCAGCUUCUUGGAUGCGUUUAAACCUGGUGCAUCUGAACGUGUCGAAAACAUUCAGAGCCUUUUGGAUUACAUUGCUGAUGUUAUUCCUAAACUUAGGAAAGGGUCGUCAACUUUCUCUAACGUAAUCAUACCGAUCUAUAAUUCAUCGGCUAAACAAGAGCGCUUGUAUCUCCUUUACUUCGCCAACGAUCCCAGCCCUGAGAAUAAAGAGAACGGCACAGUCGAGCAUCCCAAACAGAUAUUGACCAACAAAUUUUUAUCGACAGGACUUACGAUUUUAUUGACGAAGAAUUAUCAAGUUUCGGCUAUUUGUUUCCAUGUGACCCGAGCAAUAACCAUCAUCCACUCCCAGUCAGAAGUCGCUGCUAAAGAGAAAAUGAAUACGAUCGCAGCGAAAAUCAUCAUACUUGUUAUUUUACUGAUCGAUGGGUUGAUCUUUGGCCACUUGAGUCUUGGAAUUAAGUGGUGGAUGGAUAGAAAGCAUGGCAAACACCAUAGUAGAACAGAUGGAAAACAUCAGAAAUCAGAGUCGAUCGCCUUUCUCAAUUGUUUCGCGGCCGGCAUCUUCUUUGCCACUUGUAUGCUACACAUGCUGCCUGAGGUAUCCGAAAGUAUGAAAGAAGAAUUCGAGGUCGAAUAUCCACUCGCGGAGGUAACAGCUGCGAUCGGCUUCUUUUUCGUCUUGAUGCUCGAGCAGCUCGUCACUUCCUACUGCAUCGCAAAGAACCACAAAGACAUCACUUCAAAAAGCACGCAGAGUAAUCUACCGGUCCGGGCGAAUAAUGAACCAGACGUUAGAGCGAAGCAAGUUCAAGUUGAUAUUCUGACAAAUUCAAAUGUUGUCCAAAGCCCAAAAUCUCAGCCAAUCGACCCAAGCUACCAGAUCAAUGUUCAAAGCGAAGAAGACGACCAUGGCCACUUUGACAUGACAAGUCAGUCAAAAAUGAGGACCCUGAUUCUGGUGGGCGCGCUGAGCUUGCAUGCGAUCUUCGAAGGGCUUGUUUUUGGGCUUUCUAGUGGCGAAGUUGGAGAUAUUUUGGGGACAAUGUCUGCUGUGCUUAUUCACAAGUCAAUAAUUGCGUUUUCGACGGGGAUGCAGCUUGUUUCCUCGGAGAUCGAGCAUGCUUACCUAUGCAGCGCAAUUUGUAUUUUCUCAAUGAUGGCCCCGCUGGGUGUCGGAAUCGGAAUUCUAAUAACAAGUUUGGGCGGAGAAACGAUAGGUGCUCUUAUUGCGGUUUUGGAGAGUUUUGCUACGGGAACGUUCUUUUACGUCACGUUUUUGGAACUUGUGCCGCAUGAAUUUGUUGGUAAACAUGUUAAAAAUGGACCUCUAAAGUGCUUCAUCAUGUUCUCCGGUUUCAUGUUCAUGGCGAUAUUCCAGUACAUGAAUCCGGAGGAAGAAGAGUAA